UUAUAUCAUAUCAAUUAUAUAUAUCAAUAAAAUAAAUAAAAACAUGUCUGUUAUAAGCAUUGCAGUUGGUGAUGCAUUAAAAUCAUUGAAGUAUUGGAUUGAUCAGGAUGCUGAUGAAUUUUCUGUUGAAAAGGUUGACGAAUCUAUGUUGACUAAAAUGGAUGAUAUUAUUAACGAGAUACAAGACAAAUCCAUAACACAAUUUGCAGAGUUGUGUGAUAAAUAUAUCCACCAAGUGCUGCUGGGGAAAAGACCAAAUUAUCGCCUUGAUGUCUUCAAACACAAAGUAGUUGAAAUUGAUGGACAGAGAUUGAUGCCACACCAUUUGAUGUACCAUAAUGUUGAAAGUGGUUAUGGUAAUUUUAAAGACACCCAAUUAGAUUCUAUGAAGGUGGUCCUUAACAAAUUUGUGGACUGCGAUAACCAAGAGAGACUUGUUGUGGAUGUUUUGCAGUACAUAGUGGUGUUGUGGACUACUAUUGGUUUUUGCAAAGUUAGCCCUGCAGUGGCACGUUUUUACCUGGCUGAGGGAGGUAAAGAUAGAGGCAAAGAAGCUUAUGACAUGCUCGAGCGGAGAUUUAUGAAACGAUCAAGUAUAAUAGCAACGGAAGUAAAGAAAAGGGAGAAGGGAAAUGACGAGAAAAUUGCAGAACAAGAGGGAUCUAUUAAAACAAAUGUUGAGGUGGGCCAAAAGAGGACGUACAAAAAGGAGAAGAAGAUCUGUCCAGAAUGUGGGGAAAGUAAAUUUAAUUUGCCUCGUCACGUGGAAGAUUAACACAAA